AUGUCAAUUAUCGUCUCGGCGCCCGAGCCUAGUCUCUGGGAGCAGAUUUGUGCAGAAUUUGCCAAACAAAGGCUGGCUGUUGAUGAAGAUGAUGAUGGUGGAUCUGUGGCAACAGAUUAUGAAGACUUCAAUCCGGCAAGACAUAAUCCUGUGUUUUAUGGACGCAUGUUUGCCAAGGUGGCCACAGAUGCAGACGUGUAUGCAGAGUUUGAUUCGGCACUCAGUCAUCCUUCCUGUAUUGGCUACAGCUUUACUAGCAAACCUCCCAAGGUUGACAGGCACCCGGCCGCGAUUCCUCCUAACCGGUUUAUCUGUUCUCCCACAGAAUAUUUAAAUUACUACAUCUUUCCUUGGCUGCUGCCUGCCCUGGAAGCCAUGAUGAAAAAGGCAAAAAUUGAAAAGUGCUUUGAGAGAAGAAGGACAAAGUUCAAUGCUUGUGACUUCCUCACAGAAUAUUUGUACAUAAACAACCCUCUUGCUGGUCAGCAAGACAGGAAGGACAUGCAGUUCUUUGAUAUACCGUUUGUCAAACAGUGGCUUAAAGACCACCCUAGACCCCCACUUCCCAAGUCACUGAUCUGGACAGAAGAGGAGGCUGUUGUCAUCAUCCAGUCUUUCUGGCGGGGCUACCUGGUCCGACGUCUACCAGAAGUUAAGGAGUUGCGAGAAUGGCAGCGCGAGUGGAGAGAGGAAAAUCAUGGGGUCGUGAAUCGUGUUUCUGAGUUCUGGGAUGAACAGAUGCCAGAAAGUGAUGACUCCUCGGUUUACACAUCAGAGGUUACCACGGAGACCCAACUUGACGACAUGUGUGCCUAUAAUCAAGAUUCCCAGUAA